AUGCCUGAGGGGCAAUCCCUGGGCGCCUGUUCAGCAGGUGCCUGUGCUACCUUACAAGGUGCCACCCAGCGCUUGCUCAAAGCAGUCACGAAGCACACCCCCGAGCCGCUGGACUGCCAGCACUUGGUCCGCCUCACUCUUGAUAUCGAGCUCAGCGAGCAAGUCUCGGAGCACACCUGA